CGUACUGUCAAGCCAACAGUUCCAACUGGGGAAGAAGUGUCGAGCUUAUUUGUUAAGGAAUGUAUCAAGUCAUAUAGCAGUGCAUGGAACAAGGUGCACUACAAGUACCAGCCAUACUCUGCAGGUUAUCUACAGCUGCCUAGACCAGACAAGAAAGAAGAACUGGAUACACAGGUGUAUGAAAUUGAUAUUGAGCAUGAAGUUAAAGAUGAAGAGAGUGCGUUACGACGUACGAUGAAUAAGAGUGUGACUAAGUCUGGCUAUCUGUGCCUGUCACCGGACAGACAACAUGAUGCAGGUCGUGCGAAUUUAUCCAUGAAGUCAUUCAAGAAGCGGUUUUUCUACCUGAAGCAACAAGUCGAUACUAGCUACGUGAUGGAAUAUCACAAGGAUGACAAGAAGUUGGAUGCCAAGGGACUCAUCUAUCUAGACUCCCUGGUCGAUGUAGUUAAGAACCCAAAGCGAGGCAAGUUGGUAUUUGAGCUACGCAUGCAGGACCGGCAUAAUGUGUUGCUGCUAGCUGACAAUGAACAGCAAGUGGACAGCUGGAUUGCCACUCUAAAGCGAGUGAUAGAUAGUGAGAAGAGAGAUGCUUUGGGGGCAAAUCGGAUCUUCGAGGAGCACAUACCCUCGCCAGGCAAAGCGGGAAGCCUGCACGAGAGCCUCCGGCAAAGUAUGAACCCCGAGCUGCAGAAAUACGCCAGGGAGACGGAUGCGAGCAUAGCUGAAGACAGGCAGCAGGGCAGGCAGAGACUGUUCAAGUUGUACAGACAUGAGAUGCAGAAAAACAGUGUGCCGGAUGAAUAUCAAGACGAAAUGAAAAUCGACACAUAUAGUGAACGAUUUGGGCUGAGACUUCUUAUUAAGUGUGAGAACCUAUCGUUCCGGCUCCUGGUCAGCCUGCAGCAGGGUGACAGAUUCAACCAAUGUCAGGCGGAGCCGUACUUCUGCACGCUGGCACUGUACGACGUGCGAGACGAAUGCAAGAUCUCGGAGGACUUUCACUUCGACAUCAACGAUCCGCGCGUGAGAGACAUGAUUCCCAAGGACGUGCAGAUGGCGCCGGAGAUGCUCAACGCCAACGCCGAGACGAACAGCUCUCAGCCGGACAUCGGGAAUCUGAACGAGGACUGGCUGCAGUUUAGAAACCAGAACUGACAAGUUAUCUAAACUGCAGGCCAUACCUGGCAAUAUUAAAAUAUCCGUGGAAGAGUUAAAGGUGACAGUGGCAAGGCAAGGAGAGGAGCGGUCUGGUCAGCAAAUGUCUCAAGCAAAGGAGAAGGCCACUCAAGGAGUACUACCUAAUUGCCUGACGCCGUCGCUGAAACCUGUGAAGCCAUUUCCCGAGCCGCCGACACAUCCCGUGUCGUACGAGGUGGAGGAGUUCCUACCUGACUUCAGCACCAGCUUCCCACACACGACCUACAUCAACAAUCUCUACGUGUACCCGAUACACUUGAAGUACGACACACAGAAGUGCUUCACGAAGGCCAGAAACAUUGCUUGUGUGAUAGAGUUCAAAGAUAGUGACAGUGCCACUUCUGCUCCUCUGAAGCGUAUCUAUGGUCGCCCGGGCAUGCCAGCAUUUGUAACAACAACAAGUGCAGCCGUGCUUCACCACAGCACCACUCCAGAUAUGUACGAAGAGGUGAAGGUUGCACUGCCACUGCAGCUGCACAGCAAGCAUCAUAUCCUGUUUCGGUUCUUUCACGUCAGCUGCGAACUUCCCAAGUCGUCCAUGAAGAAGAAGGACAAUGUGGAGACGGCUGUGGGAUAUGCAUGGCUUCCGAUUCUACAGAACAAUGUUGUCACUGUGGGAGAACACAGCAUCUGUGUCGCACAAGAAUUGCCUGCUGGAUAUCUGACCUCUGACCCUCAAAGCUUCGGGAAAGGGUAUGCUGGCCCUAUCAUCAAGUGGGUGGACAAUUCCAGGCCCGUGUUUAAGGCUAGCUUGAGGCUCUUGUCUACAGUGUACACCAAGGAUGUUCAUCUGCAGAAGUUCUUUAGUCACUGUGAGAAGUUAGAGGACUCUGCAGACCCUGUAGACAAGAGUGAGACUGUAAACUUAGUCAAGCCGAAGACGGACAUGAGAAGCCUCGUUGAGUUCGCAUCAGGAGACUUCCACAGAGAGCUAGCUAACUCAGUGAAGGUGCUGCACGCGGUGGAGAUCAGCACGAUCAUCCGCUUCCUGCCGCCGACGUUCAACCAGCUGUUUCGUCUGCUGGCGGCGUGCGCCAGCGACGACGUCUCCCAGAACACCAUCCGCCUGCUCAUCCACGUCGUGCAGGGCAUACACGCGGCGGGAAAGCCUGACAUCCUGCACACAUACGUGAAGCACGUGUUCAUGACCACGCCGGUGAGCGGUGGCCAGAAGACGAUCCACGAGGAGCUGUGUAAAAACCUGACCGUCGCCCUGCGUCCGGCCAAUGCUGACCUCGUCCUCAUCAACAGCCUCCUCGAACAUGCGUGGUUCUUCUUACAGAUUAUCGUCAAGAGCAUGGCUCAGUACCUUCUCGUCACGGGUAGAUUAGAGUUGCCGAGGAACGAACGGUUCAGCUCAGACUUCCAGUUCCGAGUGUUGACGAUGGUGCAAGCGUUUCUGCAGCACAUCAUGCAGAAGUUUAAGGAACACCCGGUGGAGACGCGAAGUGCCAAUGCAAGCCUGGCGAACUUUGUCAAGGGGUGUUUCACAUUCAUGGACCGAGGAUUUGUGAUGAAAAUCGUUAACCUGUAUUUGGAUAAAUUCGAUCCAAGUGGUGCCAAGGCUCUGUACGAGUUCAGGUUUGAAUUUGUGAAGAUCGUGUGUAGCCAUGAACACUACGUGGCUCUCAACCUUCCUAUGGUCAGAACAAAUGCCGUCAGAAAUAUAAAAGACCUGCACCUGGACUUCACGCUGACAGACGAGUUCCGCAAGUAUCACUUCCUCGCCGGGGUGCUGCUGCUGGAGGUGCGGUCGGCGCUGCGGGAGUACCGCGACGUACGCCGCGUCGCCAUCGCCAUGCUGCGCAACCAGCUCGCCAAGCACGCAUUCGACGACCGCUUCUCGUCCCGGCUGUGUUCUAUAUGUGACGCAUGUCACGGACAGUUGGGUUAUUGGAUGGCACUCGAGUCUUCCUUGAUCAUUGAGAGCAGGAGCAGCACACUGCCUCCAGGAAUAAAAGACCCAGCCGUGCUUGCACUCAUUGCUGGAGGUAGCCUAGGCAACCAGGGCCGCUCUAGCAGUAUGGCAAACAUGUCGGAUAGGAGCUCGAAUGCGAGCACAGCGACCCUGCAGGACAGAGAAGGCUCGGAGCCUCCCGAUGACAGAAGCGACAAAAUACAGAAGUCACAGGCAGUCCAGUCGGCGCCGCUGAUACGAUACGACAAGCUAGAACGCGACGAAGUUAGAGACAUGCACAUUUGUUUUCUCUACAUCCUCGAGAACAUCAGUGCCGAACUGCUGUUGGGUUGGUGGCAGAAAUGCUCAGAGUCAGAGAUUCUGGACUUCUUCAAAGUGCUGGAGAUGUGUCUGACCAACUUCUCCUACCCAGGGCGGAAACAGAUCUACGUGCAGCAGGCGUUUGCAGUGAACAACCCCCAUCAGAAGGCUCUGACGCUUCCCAGCCGCCGUGCUCCUAACCUGACCAGUAGAGUGAUCAGCACGUACAGUGAUCGCACUUCUGCCCUCACGGCAAUCACUGAGGAGAUGGACUCCUACACGGCCCUGCUUACAGCAAGCAUGGCCACAGAGGUUGGCCUCAUUAUCCUUGACACUGUCGCCCUGUUUGCUACCAGCUUCAAGGAGCAGCUGCAGCAGGGUGGUGGAGACAACCAGCUGAUGUUGAGGAUGUGUGACAUCUGCUUGCUCUACCUGCAGAUGAACCAAUCUGAAGCACUGCUAAAACAUCUGUUUGCCUUCCUUAGAAACUUUGUCAACCAGUAUAAAGAAGUUCUGUUUGAGGGCAAUGCAUCACUCUGUGGUGCUUUCAUUACCGAGAUCCUACACUGUUGCAACUCCAAGUUGCGUAGCACCCGUGUCGAGGCCUGUGCACUGCUCUACCUGCUGAUGAGAAAUAACUUUGAAUUUACAGGCAGGAGAAACUUCACGCGAGUUCACUUGCAGGCAAUCAUAUCUGUGUCGCAGCUGCUGGGAGAUGCUGUUGGGUUGAACAACGCUCGCUUCCAAGAGAGCCUGUCCAACAUUAAUAACUAUGCCAACACUGACAAGGCCAUACAGCACACUCCGUUCCCAGCAGAGGUGAAGGAUCUGACAAAGCGCAUACGUACGGUUCUCAUGGCUACAGCACAAAUGAAGGAGCACGAGAACGACCCGGAGAUGCUUGUAGACCUGCAGCACAGCCUCGCUAACUCGUACGCGAGCACGCCCGAGCUACGACACACCUGGCUUGAGAACAUGGCACGCAUACACGGCCACUACGGAAACCUGUCCGAGGUCGCCCACUGCUACAUGCACAUCGCCGCCCUGGUGGCCGAGUACCUCAAACGAAAAGGCGUGUAUAGCCUCGGCUGUUCAGCCUUCGUGAACAUGUCUCCUAACAUCAGCGUAGAUGAGUCGAAUAUGAAGGAGGAUGCUGGCAGCAUGCAGGACAUCUCCUACACAGAGGACACACUAGUGGAGAAGUUAGAGAUGUGUGCUUACUCGCUAGACAAGGCAGAGCGCUGGGAGAUGAUGGGAGAGGUCUACAAACUCAUCAUUCCCAUCUAUGAAAAGCAAAGGAACUACCAGGCAAUCUCGGAGGCGUACGGCAAGCUUCACCAGGCCUACAGCAAGGUUGUGGACGUGCUGCAGCAAGGCAAGCGACUCCUCGGCACCUUCUUCCGCGUGGCCUUCUACGGACAGCAUUUCGACAUGGAGGAUGGCAAAGAGUACAUAUACAAGGAGCCGAAAGUGACGAAUUUGGCCGAGAUCUCUGAGCGGCUGCGAAAUCUCUACUCGGAGAAGUACGGCAAGGAUACAGUCAAGCUUAUCCAGGACUCGAACCCUGUUGACCCGACAGAGUUAGAUCCGAAGUUUGCUUACAUACAAAUAUCGUUUGUACGACCAUUCUUCAAGGACCAAGAAGGUGAUGAGAGAAUCACAGAUUUUGAGCGAAACAACAACAUCAGGCACUUUGUGUAUGAAACGCCAUUCAUCCCUAACAGUAAGAAAGCGCACGGAUUACUGGAAGAGCAAUGCAAACGCCGGACUAUUCUGACGACUCUGCACAGCUUCCCCUACGUGAAGAAGCGCGUGCCCGUCUUUGGGAAGGAAGUCGUGAACCUCGCGCCACUAGAGGUGGCCAUCGAUGAGAUGCACAACCGUGUGUGUGAGCUGAACGAGGUGCUACUGCGAGAGCCUCAUGACAUGAUCAAGCUGCAGCUACGACUACAGGGCAGCGUCAGUGUGCAGGUCCAUGCUGGUCCAUUAGCUUAUGCAAAUACAUUCUUGGGGAAGGAAAUGGAGAAGAAAUACGAUAAAGAACACAUCAAGAGUCUGAAAGAAGCAUUUAGGGCGUUCGUUCACGUGUGCGGUGACGCUCUAGAGCUGAAUGCCAAGCUGAUCGGGGCCGAGCAGGCAGAGUACCACGAGUCCAUGAAGAACAACUACAACGACAUGGUCGAGAAGCUCUCGGCUCUCAUCGAAAAUCUUUAUCCGACUGAGACAGGAAUGUUCGUGAAGGAACUACCGCUGCAAGUGUUCAACUACAUCAGUACCUCAUCCACCGUAUGAAGUCCGUCACCCACCCUUCACGAACAC